UGCAUCUGUGCUUAUUGUUGUAGCUGAUCCAGGUGCAGCUAGUUUUCACUAGUUUAUAUACAGUUUGUUAGUUUGGGUCGGUGGUUCCCAGCGUAGGGGUUGAGCCUCUCCAAAAGGGUCACACGAUAAAUCGCAGGGGCUGUGAGACGUUUAGUGGGAGGUGAAAGAAGAAAACCUGAAGUGGUGCAUGCAUAUUUUCUGUUUAUAUGUCUGUUUUAUUUUCUUCCUCUAAUCUUUGAUUUUUGUUAAAUGUGGGAUCAUUUCCCCCCCUUUGGGUGUCAAACUCUUAUUUAAAUUGAACCAUCUGAGAGGUGUAGAGGUGAAAAUGGCUCUUGGGUAGAACAACUAACAAUUCAGACAUCUGAAACACCAAGCACCAAGCCCUGUAUGUUUUCUAAUGUACAAUCUUAAUUUGAAAAGUAACUAGUUGUUAGAUAAAUGUAGUGGGGUAAAAAGUCCUUCUAAAAUAGAGAGUAGAGAUAUAAAAGAGUAUACUUUGGUACAGUGCUUGAGUAAAUCUACUUUGUUACUUUACACCACUGCUCAUUUGACGUUAAUUGAGACAAAAGGCCCUCAAAUCAGACUAAAGUAGCGUUUUACGGCCUGGAUGGUCGUAAUUAAGAGCCAGGAGAAGGCCGCGAAGGCAGCACGAGUGCAACUUGACGGAUCAUGUGAUCAACCGCGAAGGGUUGCAAGGAAGGGGUCCGUUGCCACCGGCUGUCAGCGCUCUCUUUCACCCCGAAGGCUCAAGCGGAGGAGGAAGACGACGACGACAACAACAGCAGCAGCAGCAGCAAUGUGCACCAGCGUCCAGCCUGUUGAAUGGACCACCGACCUCAAGAACCAGAAUUUUGAUGGCAUCGUCCUAGUGACCCAGAGCCAUGACACGUUGCCCUCCGAGCUCGAGUGUCUGAAAGCUCCUCUGGAGGCCUACGGCUCUGUGGACAGCAGUCUGGGGGAGGAGGUGGUGGUCCUUAAGGUCCCUGGUUUCCCUGGUAACCGCCUGGUGUUUGCCUCCACCGGCCCCGUAAACCGCGACUAUGAUGAUGUCAGGCGCUUCAGUGAUGCAGCAGAAAAAGGCAUCAAACGGGCCUUGAAAGCAGGCAUGCAGCGCCCCCUGCUGGUAUGCCCUCCACACAAGGACUAUAAGAACGGCACCUUGGUGGCUGCGCUCGGGGCCCUUCAUGCUCUCUACAUGCCCCUUGAAGUGAGGGAGGCGAAUGUGAAACCCACUGACUACAAGGUGUGUGUUCUGGGGCUGUGGGCUGCACAGGAGGCUCAGGGAAAGAGGCUGGUGGAGCUAACUGAUGCUCUGGAGAGCGGGAGACUGGCAUGUCGUGACAUUGGCGGCUCCGACCCCGAGCGCAUGGCUGCUCCUCGUGUGGCUGAUUACGUCCAGGAUCUCUUCAAGGACAGCCCCGUGCAGGUGGAAGUGGUGAGCAACCUGAAGGUUCUGGAGAAAGAGUAUCCCUGUUUGGCUGCAGUCAACCGCUGUGCCAACAGUGUGCCUCGUCACCAGGCCAGAGUUAUCAAGCUGCAGUACUGUGGAGAGGGACCGAUCCAGAAGACACUCAUGUUGGUGGGAAAGGGCAUCACCUACGACACUGGAGGAGCUGACAUCAAGGCUGGUGGAGUCAUGGCUGGGAUGCACAGGGACAAGUGUGGAGCUGCUGCCGUUGCCGGCUUCUUCCAGAUUGUAGCCAAGCUGAAGCCAAAACAUCUGAAGGUCGUUGGCUCGAUGGCCAUGGUGAGGAACAGCGUGGGUGCAGACUGCUAUGUGGCCGAUGAACUGGUGGUUUCCCGUGCGGGUCGUAGAGUGAGAGUGGGAAACACCGAUGCUGAGGGACGAAUGGUGAUGGUCGACCUGCUCUGUGAGAUGAAGGAGAAGGCAGUACGUGAGACUUCUCCUCAGCUGUUCACUAUUGCGACCCUGACUGGUCACGCCAUCAGAGCCAUGGGACCCAACUACUCUAUCAUCAUGGAUAAUGGACCGGCCCAUCGCAGCGGGAAUGCUGCUCAGUGGCAGAAAGCUGGAGAGGUGUUGGGCGACGUGUUCGAGGUGUCCAGCAUCAGACGAGAGGACUACGAGUUCCACAAGGGCAAGUCUGAGUACGAGGAUAUUCUGCAGAGCAACAAUCUGCCAUCCACAGCUACACCUCGAGGACAUCAGGCCCCUGCAGCUUUCCUCAUCAUGGCCUCAGGGCUCGACAAGCAUGGUGUGGACUCGAACACACCUCUGCCGUACUCCCACAUUGAUAUCGCCGGAUCCAGUGGUCCUUUCCCCGGUGUCCCAACGGGAGCCCCCAUCCUCGCCAUGGCAACCAACUACAUCCUGUCUAACGUUCUCUAAACGGAGAUCCCAAGUAUAUAGGACUACAGUCUCUGCACUCAAUCCCAACACAAAUUUGUAACCGUCCAAGUAUGAACGUAAUUCCUGCCACCAAUUGUAAUGCAAAUGUGCAAUUUUUUUAAGUCUGACUUUACCUAAUACCUUGCUUUUUCUGAAAGAAUGUUCUGUAUUUUCUAAGAUCUUGUGACAUACGUCCUAUCUGCACCAAGUGUCAAUCGACCCUGUUCUUAGGUGGCCUGAAUCCAAAUAUACUCAGGGGUUUAAUGGCAGUAUAAAAAUAUCAUCCUUUUUUAUGUGCGUCUGUAUGUGUGAGACAAACGGCAGACAUGGUUGUAUGAUUAAUGACGCUGUAAGCCAGUCUAACCAAGAACUUCUCACGGACCAAUAAAACAAAUCAGAGCUAA